GUAAACUAUUGUCAAGAAGAAGAAAAAUGCAGUUAUUUACAAGUGUUGCUGCCAAAUUAACUCAAGAUGUGCAAGAUUUACUUUGUCAAAACACUGAUGGAUGUUUGAGUGAGAGCGCUGUUAUACAGGAACUUGUGUCAAAAACUGGUUUGAUGUUAAUGCAGACGGGUUCUGUGUGGGAACUUGUCGGCAGCAUCCAGUCCGUGUUUAGUGCUUAUGUAGCCUUGUCAAGGCUCCUAGACUCAGAGUUUCAGAUCAAAGUAGACAAUCUGAUGAUAGAAAAUGAAGUUAGUUUAAAGAACCCAGGUGUAAGUGGUUCCUCGGAAUUGAGAAAUGAAAAUGAGAGGUUACACAUACCAGUCGAGGACUUCACAGGUUUACAAGCGGACUUUGAGAUUUUGAACAAAGACAAAAAUAGCAGUCGUGUUGGAUUGAAAAGAAAAAUUAAAGUUCCAGAUCCUUUAGUGCUCUCGAUCAAUAUCGAUGAUAAUUCAGGGGAGUAUACUCUGUCUGAUGGUGUAGUCAAGUCCCGCAAUGCAAGACUUGAAUGGCAACCUGCAGCAGCUGACUCAGAAACAAGCACCGACAAACUGACAACACUGAACAAAUGUGAUAGUGAACUGGCAAAAUCAAAACAAAUUUCUGAGAGUCAAGUAACUAGAGAGAUUGAAGUACUUAAGAAUAUAAAUAAUUGUGUUAAAAGAACCACAGAGUCUGUGAAAGAAGAUUCAAAUAAGCUGAAGAAGACAAAGAAAGAAAGGAAGGUGCACAACUGCAAUAAAGAAAGAAGUGAUUUGAAAAUGGGGGAGAAAAGAUCUAAGAAAACAAGAAGAGGUAAAAAACAAAUGAAAACAACUGAUGAGGGUUGUAUUGGUUCAGAAAAGCAGACCAACAACAGUGAUGAUAAUAACGAGUCAGAGAAGCCAGAAAGUGAUAGAGAGGACAUGAACAGUGAAGCUGAUGUGGUUAAAGAAUCAAAAGAACUGGAGUCAGACUCAGAUGAUGUAUCUGGUGACAGGGUGGAGGAGGAUUCUGAUUUUGUUAUGUCAGAAGAGGAUUCUGAGAAUGAUAGAAACAAAUCUCCCCCUAAAACUGCAAAAUCAACCCUAAACAAGAAAAACAAAUGUAAUUUGUGUGACUUUGUUGGUACACAUUCCCAUGAUUUAGAACAACAUAAAGUGAAAAUGCACCUUGACAAUGUUCUUAAACUGGAAGAAUACAGUAGUGUUGGAGAUGUUGAUGUAUCAAAGAGCGACAAUAUGCUUUACAAAAAAGUGGAAGAACAGGGCCUUAAACACAUUGAUCCCAAAGCCAAAAAUAUUCCUUGUCAAAUUAAAGACUGCAAGUUUGUGGCCAAACUGAAACACAACAUGAUUGAGCACUAUGCAAGGAUGCAUACCGUGAAGAACCUUAAAUGUAAAUUCUGUGACACUCUGUUUUCCCUGUAUAGGGACUUAAAAAGGCAUCUUAAGCACCAUAGUACUCAGUUUGCUUGUGAUAAAUGUGGGAAAAUGUAUAAGAGUUCUAGAACCUUUAAUGCACACCUGAAGACUCAUGAAGAGAACUUUGUUAAACCAGAAUAUGAGUGCAGUACGUGUGGUAAAAAAUUCAGCACAAAGUACGUCCUUAGGUAUCACGUAAAGUCAGAACACAUGGGGCAAAAGAAGUCAUUUAUAUGCCCCACUUGUGGAAAAAGUUUUACACAGAAACAGUCGUACGUCAUCCAUGCUAACGUCCAUCUUGGAAUGCGUCCUUUUGUGUGUGAGGUCUGUGGUAUGUCCUUCCCUUAUGAGAAAUCUCUGAGAGAGCACAAGUACAUGCAUGAAGAGGGCAAACAAUUCAAAUGUGAAGUUUGUGGUAAACAAUUUAAGCAACCUUCAUCUCUUGGUAUUCACUUGAAGAUUCACAAAGAAACAAAGGACCAUCUGUGCAAGGUGUGUGGGAAAGGUUUUACUCAGAAACAGGCUUUACUGCGGCAUGAACGAGUUCACUCAGGGGACAAACCCUUUUCUUGCAGCAUUUGUUCCAAGAAUUUUAACGACGCAUCUAUCAUACGGCGACACAUGAUCCUGGUACACAAAAUCAAUUCUAAGGACUGGAGGUCUUUCAUUCAAACUAACACUCCCAGACAGUCAGAUCAUUUUGUUCAGAUCCUGAAUGGGGAACUACAACCACAACUGAAGAAAAGAAAACCCCCAAAACAUAUGGAUGCAGACGGUCACAACAGUUCAAAGGACCUACAAAGCCAAGUGGGUUCCAAUGUUGACUCGAGAGCUCAUGCUGCGCUGGCUCUGAGUUCCAUGGCUACCUCUGGUAUACAGCAACAGAACAGUGCCCUGGUAGAAUCUGCAGUAUCUGAGACACCCGACACGAUUCCUCAGGGACACAUGAAUAUUCUGCCAAAUUCUCGGACUCUUACUGACAUACACAGCCUUAAUAAUAAUGCAUCUCCUGCCAACCAGGGGCAAGGGCAGUGUUCAAUGUAUGAUAAUUACUUUACUGGUCUCCCACCCACAAAUUACAACUCUGUACAGUCUAAAUCUAAUGAACCUGGGAAUGGGAACCAGUUAAAUGCUGUUUACCCAAACAUCGUCCGACCAGGCAUGUCAGAACCGCUUCUGCACCAAUACAUGCACCUCCCAUCCAAUUACAGCCAGUACAAUCAAAGUUAAUCUAUAGAUUAACGGUUACAUUUACAUCAAGAAAAAUUUCUCUUGUAUGUGCAAAUAUUUUCAAUAUUGUAUAAAACAGAAGCUUACCUUGGUAAUUAUGUUUGUUAAAAUGGGAGCUGAUGUAUUGGUUGAAGAUUUCAUUCUAUAUUAUUAAAAACCAG